AUGAAUGAACAGCUGCCUCUGUUGAUCCAAGGAUUCCGGGGAUCUGAGACAAACCAGGACAGCCCUACAGCCCAGCUACAACUGAUCAAUGCCAGCAAGGAAUUUAUACAGCCUGCCAGUCAGCUGGUAUCCGCUGCAAACACCGCAGCCCCAACAGUUGGAGAUCAAGCCGCAAGCAUGAACAUGAACCAGACAGUGAAGACAAUGACCACCGCGCUCGCGGAGCUGAGAACCGCCUCAGGGAAGGCAGUGGAGAUGUGCAUCUCACUGGAGGUUGACACUGCGCUUGAUCAGCUGACCGAACUCGACCGCGAGCUGGAGGAGUACCGCAGAGCCGCCGACAGCGGUAACCUUGUGUCACUACCCGGUGAAACGGUGGAGGCGUCGGCCAUGAAACUUGGCUCCACCUCUAAGGACGUGGGAUCGGCGAUGGCUCAGCUACUGACGGCUGCCUCUCAAGGCAAUGAAAAUUACUUGGGUGUAGCAGCCAGGGACACCGCGAACGCCCUCCGCGUGCUGACAGAAGCCACACGCGGUGUCGCCUCAACCUCAGAAGACAUCAAGGUCAGACGGCAAGUGAUCGACAGCGCCCGUGACGUCAUCGACAAGUCGACGCAUCUACUGGAGGAGACGAAGCGAGCCAUGAACGACCCAGAAAACCCUGAGAACCAGGCUAGACUUAACCAGGUGGCCAAGGCUGUGUCGAGUGCGCUCAACAGCUGUGUGAACGCCCUUCCCAGACAGAGAGACGUGGAUAACGCCAUCAGACAGAUCACAGACUCGAGCCAGGAGCUGGCGUCCACCAAGUACCCGAGCACAGACCGCACGUUCCAGGAGAUCCAUAUCGAGAACAACAACGCCGCUGUCAAUCUCAACCAGGCCGCCAGUGACAUCGUCACCGCAUCUCGUGGCACACCCAAACAACUUGCCGAGUCAUCUCGCGAGUACAGCUCGUCUUACUCAGAGUUCAUCAAAUCUGGACUCACCAUGGCAGGUCUGUCCAAGGAUGGAGACACACAGAACCAGAUUGUGGGCGGACUGAAGAACGUCUCCAUGGUUUCCAGUAAACUGCUGCUGGCCGCCAAGUCUGUGUCGGCCGAUCCAAACGCUCCCAACACCAAGAAUCUGCUCUCGCAGGCCGCCAGACAGAUACAGGUCAGUAACACCCUCCAAUGUGUAUGUAGUUUAUAUAACCAAGGGCAGAAGGAGUGUGAUAACGCCCUCAGACAGAUACAGAUGAUGAAAUCUAUGCUGGAGAGUGCCAAUGAGCCAGUGACCGACCUGUCGUAUUUCGAAUGUCUGGACUCCGUCAUGGAGAAAUCUAAGGUAGGUAACUCAUUCCUCGCCUGUAUCACAAUGUCUGUGGCGCGGAGAGUGAACUCUCAGAAUGUAUCCAAGAACUAAGUCGCAUGAUGCCUGACUGUCGGAGUAGAAAGUGAUGCUUUAUCAGUUUUUGACUUUUUUGUGUAGAGAAUGAAUCUGUGAAAAUCUCUUUGUCUUGUAUAUAGAAUGAAGUUAAGGUUUGUUUUCAUUCGUCUUCAUGUUACUUACAAACCUUUGCAAUAAAAAUUCAUAUCUUUGUUAA